CUCUGCUGGCUAAUCUACUGCAGAUCACCUGAUAAAGGUUUCACUACAAAACAUUCUUGUAACAUGUUUGUUCCAUUGGGAGGUUCAGUAGUUCUUCCUUGUCAUGUUGACAAAUGUUUAUUAAACCAAAAUUUGAUGGUGGAAUGGAGAAAAGCGGACAAAGUGACUCUGGUUCAUCUGUAUCAAGAUGGUGAGAGUCAAGCAGAGUCCCAGCAGCAGGAUUAUCAUGAUAGAGCUCAUUUCUUUACUGAUCAGAUUCAACACGGAAACUUCUCCCUCCGUCUGGACAAUCUGACAGCUGAAGAUGCUGGACAGUACACGUGUACAGUUUACAGUGACCAGGACUGUGUGUAUUCAUCUGAGACAAAUUUGGUUUUGAGGUGUAGCGUUGGUGAAUUUGAUCCCCUUGUUCAUCUGGGAUCUUCAGCGGUUCUACCUUGUUAUGGUGAUAAACGCUUAUUAAAAAAAGGUCUGAAAGUGGAAUGGAGAAGAACAGACUCAGAGACUCUGGUUCAUCUGUAUCAAGAUGGUGAGAGUCGACCAGAGGAACAGCACAAAGAUUAUCAUCAUAGAACUCAUUUCUUUAUUGACCACAUUCGAUAUGGCAACUUCUCCCUCCGUCUGCACAAUCUGAGAGCUGAAGAUGCCGGUGAAUACACAUGUAAAGUUAACAGUGACCAGGAUUGUGUGUAUUCAGAAAUCACAAAAGUGGUAACAGGUAAGUGAAAAUGACUAGACCUGCUAUAGCAGAUAUGAAAAUAAUCCAUUAGUUUUUAUUUUAUUUUUUUUAAAUAUAAAACUGCACCAACCAAUUCUGCAUGUUUUUUUAUGAACAGUCGUUUCUUUAUUAGCUUUUCUAUAGGCUUGUAGACUGCAGUAUAUUCUAGUCAAGAUUCAUUUACUUAGAUGA